GAGGUGUUUUCUGCAAAUACCCCAUUUAACAUCCAACUCAGGUCAAGAACUCCCGAUCGCAAAAACGCUCACUCCAAAACCCUAAACCCCCAACCGUAACAAGAUCUAACCCAAAAAAAUGGCCGCCUCCUUCCUCUCCUCCUGCGCCGCCGCGAAACAUACCCCCAAUCCAAACAAGACGAGCCCUUUCUCUCAACCCUAAUUUUGACCUACGGCUCCGCUUUUAUGCUCCCCGAUGCCCGCAAGCUGUUCGAUGAAAUUCCCCAACCAACUUCGACCUCGUUCAACGCGCUACUCUCGGCCCAAAUAAAAGCUAAGAAGCCCCACUUUGUUCCUCAGCUGUUUGUCGAUUUACCUGCUAAGCACGAGUCGAUUGUACCCGAUUCGGUUAGCUAUGGGAUCUUGAUUAAGUCGUUUUGUCUCAGUGGGAAGACCCAGAAGGCUUUUGAGGCUUUUAGUGAAUUGAAGGAGAAGGGAAUGGAACCUAGUUUGAUUGUUUAUACAACUCUCGUUGAUUCUUAUUAUAAAAUGGGGAAGCGCGAAGAGGCCGAGAAGUUGUGGGAUGAGAUGGUGGGCAAAGGGAUUAAGCCGGAUUUGGCAGCUUAUAAUGUGAAGGCAAUGUACCCGGCGAAGAAUGGGAGCCCGGAGGAGGUAGUUGAGGUGAUGAGGGAGAUGGAGGCAGCGGAGAUGAAGCCGGAUGCUAUAACUCAUAACUAUUUGAUUACAUGUUAUUGUAGGAAUGGGAGGUUUGAGGAGGCGAAGGAGGCAUAUGAGGAGUUUAGGAAGAAGAGGAUUGAUCCAAAUGCGGGGAUAUUUAAGAUGUUAGUUCAGUUCUUGUGUGAGAAUGGGGAUUUUGAUGGGGGGUUGAUGGUUUGUAGGGAUAGCAUGAAGUGUAAUAAGAUUCCGGAUUUUAAGACGACGAGUGCCUUGGUUGAGGGGUUGGUGAAGGGAGGGAAGGUGGAGGAGGCAAAGGAGGUGAUUGGUGUUGUGAAGGAGAGGUUUCCAGAUAAUCUUUUGGGGGGUUGGAGGAUGUUAGAGAAGAAACUGGGUUUGAGCGUAGAUGGGCAAGUUUCUGAACAACCACAGGUUGAGGCUGCUUAAAUUUGAUCUUCGGUGGAAAGUGUAGCGAUGCCUGCUAUCUCAUGGAAAUAUUGGAGCACAUUCCGAACUUCCCAGGCUCUGUUUCUGAGUCGGUACCAUGUUUUUUUAUCACUGUUUUUUUAUGCUUAUGUUUCUCUAUGUUUUGUUGGCAUAAGUUCUGAUUGGUAUGGAACAUGAUCAAUAUCAUCUUUUGAAUUACCCUUUUUCAUGAUAUUAUAAUAUAUUAUGAAAUAUGAUGGUUCUGAUGUCU